AUGGCGCCCCCAUCCAAGUUCGCCGUACGAGAAUACGCAGAGCACAAGACACCCAAGCCGGCCUCGCCCAGCGCCAGCGUGAUCCUUGUCUCACCGUCCAACGAGAUCCUGUUGCUGCACCGCGUGCAGACCUCAUCGGCAUUUCCCUCAGCACACGUCUUCCCCGGCGGCAAUCUGGAACCGGCGGACGGCGCGCUCCCCCCAAAUCCCACCGACAUCCAGCGGCACCAGGACAACAUGGCGUACCGCACGGGGGCGAUCCGCGAACUGUUCGAAGAGACCGGGAUCCUGCUGGCGCGCUCGUCACGCGAUGCUCCGCGCCUCCUGCACGUGUCGCGCGCCCAGCGCAAAAGCGGCCGCGAGGCCGUCCACCAAGGCAAGCUCUCGUUCGGGGCGUGGCUGCAAUCACUUUCUCCAGACGCAAACGGAGACCCUGCGGUGCUGGACACGGACCGCUUGAUCCCCUUCACGCACUGGGUCACGCCGCCGAACGUGCCCAAGCGCUUCACUACGCAGAUGUACCUCUACUUCGUGGGGAUCGAGGAGGCGGGGAACCCGUCCGUACGCGCGACGGGCGACAUGGUCGAGACGAUGGCGCCGGAGUGGCGGCGGGCGCGGGACUGGUUGGACCGCGCGCGCCGCGGGGAGAUCAUUCUGUUCCCGCCGCAGUUUCUGUUGCUGUAUUUGAUUUCGGGGGUUCUGGAUGCAGGCGUGGAGGGCGGAAGAAGCGACGAAAAUGAAGCUGAAACCCUACGGAAGCGCGACCAGUUGACGCAUUUGAUUCUCAACGAGGGCACGCCCGUGCCUUGGAAGGACAAGUUCAUCAGUCCCAUUGGGUUGCAGUUCGGUCGGGAGGACGGGCGGUCGGUGCUGGCGCUGGACAAACCCGGCCCGGAACUCAGGACGAGCGGCUUGAAGGGCGAUUCCGAGUACGUCGUUCUGGUCAAGUUCAGCAAAGAAGGUCCCAGACAGGUGGAGGUGGCGUUGAGAUCGGAAGCCUUGCAGAAAGAGAGGUUACUGAAAGAACAGAAGACACGGGAUCAAACGGAAACGAGCAAGUUAUAG